AUGAGUUCAGACUAUGCCGUCAACAACUACCCGACAAGCGCUCACCAGUUGACUGGAAGACCCAGCAAAUUCCUUCGCCUUACGGAAGAUGCACCAUUUGACCCCGAACCAACCUGUCGGCAACGAAGCGCCAGGACUGUCUCUAGCUGGCUGUGGUUAUCUCCUGAAGUUCAUCCUUCUUUCGCAGAGAAGGCGAAUACUACCAGCUCCAAAGCUCCUGCGAUUGGAGGUUUCCUCAGUCUGGUACCUGAAGUACACCCACAGUACAAAAAGCCGACAAAGCGCAAGGUCAAGACAUGCAAACUAGCUCCGCAAGCUACGUUGAACACUCACUCAAGAACGCGGUUCACCGUCGCAUCUUCAACAGUGGUACCGUAUUCUGCGGACGAUGAAUAUCUCGAUGAACCGCCUCCCGAACAUCUUCCCCCAUACCGACCCACCUGGUGGUAUCCAGAGAUUGUUCGAAAACAAAACUUCCAUACCGAGAGUGGGCUACUAUUGGUCGGUUACGGGCAGAAUCCUUUCGCAAGUAUCAUGCCAACGUAUGAACUAUUUCGCGCCAUACUCGUUGCAGCAGUAGCUCGUCGUGAAGCGAAUUCUUCGUGGAUACGGCAUGGUGGCGUUAUCGAUGACAUCAAGCAAAAGUACACAGCGACGGCCCAAGAUAGUGACAAGUGUUUAGAUGCAAUCAAAGAUUUCGAUCUUUUGUUCCAAAGUGAAGACGAUCCAGAAAGACGGGAGUGGUUUAUGAAGCGACGUGGCGAUUACGUUCAGCGGAUUGACGUAAACAAUGCGGAGAUAGCAAAGCUUGAGGACCAAGAAGAUAAAGCUGUUGCUCGACAUGAGCAAGUACUGGACCGGACCAAAGCAACCGAGGACGCUCUAUGGAUUCUACUGAGCGAUCUACUCGUCAAGAUAGGCGUGUUGCCUAGCGCGAACAGUAUGAAUAGCAAACCCCCAGUCCUAGUGGAGGAUGCAAACGAAUCUUGCGAGCGAUCAUACCAUGACUGGCCCGAAGAUAACUGGAACGAUGAGAUACCAGGGGAGUGGAAGGUCACACCGGCUGUAGCGAAAGGUAGAAAAGCUACCGAGCUCCAGCAAUUCGAAGACCCAGAAAAUACCUGGAACAACGCAUGGGAAGACUACCCCAUGGAAGACCCCCUUGUCAUGCUGCGGGACAGAUAUACACAAAAGGCGCAAGAGGCAAAUCGCGUGGAGGUAGAGUUCAACCAAAUCCGCGACCGAUAUAAGACCGAGUUAGACGCCUUCUUGUUCCAUCGGAGAAGUACUCAGCCAGACCUACAAAAAGAACUGCAACAACUUGAAGAAGAAUUUGGCCCAAUAUGGCUUCAGAAGUGCCGGGAUAUGACGGGCAAGUUCAAGGAAGCGGACAAAGAGUAUGAGGACGCAUCGCAAGCUCUCUCGGAUGCAAACCGGCGAGAUCGCGCAACUAGAAGAGAUUGCCCCGAAAUACACUCUAAUCAACUAGCAGCUCGAGAUGAAACCACCGCACCACAACAAUUCAAAGACCUACUACCCCGUCGAAAGCGGCGUCUGAUCAAAGAAUGGUGCGAAGAUACGUCUAUGCAACUCAGCAAUGAAGAGAUCGAAGAGUUAAGGAGGAACACGGGCCAGCGGCAUCUUCCCAUCGACAUCGACGUACCAAGCAAUCCACUGCACAGUGGCGGCGAGGAUGUUCCCAUCGCCACAGGUCAUAAACGGCGAAAGAUCGAUAGGUUCAAACGACGAAACGAGGGGCAAUGGCCGGAUACACGUGAUGAUGCCUUGCAAGCGGUGCAUCUUGCGUGGGCCCGGGAGGUUGGAGAACACCUCUGA